CCAAAACGUCUGGAAGGCCAGAAUUUGGGAAUGACUGUUUUAAACAAACAAAGAAAACUUGUAUCAUGGGAUCUGCAUGCGCUAAAUGGAGAUGGUUUGCUCUCUUUUGCAGAGGAACACAGCCGAGGCCUAGAAUGGAGAUUUCUUCGCACCAGUUCCACCUCCUGCAGCAGUUAAAUGAGCAGCGCAAGCAAGACUUAUUCUGCGACUGCAGCAUCUUGGUGGAAGGGAAGGUCUUCAAGGCCCACCGGAAUGUGCUUUUUGCAAGUAGCGGCUACUUCAAAAUGCUCCUGUCUCAGUCCUCGAAAGAAACCGGUCAGCCGACCACAGCUACCUUCCAGGCGUUCUCUCCCGAAACGUUUUCGGUGAUUCUGGAUUUUGUGUAUUCGGGCAAACUCUCUCUCACCGGGCAGAACGUCAUCGAGGUCAUGUCUGCCGCCAGCUACCUGCAGAUGACGGACGUCAUUAGCGUUUGCAAGACGUUCAUCAAAUCCUCACUGGACAUCAGUGAGAAGGAAAAAGACCGCUAUUUCAGCCUUUCGGACAAGGAGGUGAACUCGAAUGGUGUCGAACGCUCAUGUUUAUACGGCGGCAGUUGGAGAGCGGAGAGCAGUCCCCCUCAUUCCCAUUUAAGCCCUGAUCAAGGGACAUGUGUAGUCAGUGGAAAUUCUUGGACCAAUUUCAGCUAUUACCCACCCUCUCAAAGAAGUGCCCAGCCGCUCUCCAAACAAGACCAAAGGCAAGAUCCCUUGAAGAAAAGCAGCAGGCAUUCGGGGCUGCCCCAGCCGCCGGACGUCCCGCACUACAAAUCCAGUAAACUUGAAGAGCAAGCUUUGGAGCCCAUGAGUCACGCUCCUCCGUCGGAAGAGGACGUCCAGAUCGAUUCGGAGGGCGAUUCUGGCCCUGCUGGCUACCAGUACGGACUGGGAUCCGACGCAAUCCCGAGAGGCAUGGCCGUCUCGCGGCAAGAACUCGAUUCACCACACUCCACUAGCAAGUCGAAAUCUUCCAAGGCGGACGAACAGUAUAAUAGCAUGCCCUCCGUGUUAGGCGUCAUGGGGAACUGGGCCGAUGAUGAUCUGCCAAGGAUGCGGUUCAAGUGUCCCUUUUGCACUCACGUGGUGAAACGGAAAGCGGACCUGAAGCGCCACCUCCGCUGCCAUACGGGAGAACGGCCAUAUCCGUGUGAAGCGUGUGGAAAGAGGUUCAGCCGCUUGGAUCACCUCAGCAGCCAUUUUCGAACGAUCCAUCAAGCUUGCAAACCCAUCUGCCGAAAAUGCAAGCGGCACGUGACGGAGAUGACAGGGCAGGUGGUCCAAGAAGGGACGAGGCGUUAUAGACUUUGCAACGAAUGCCUCUCCGAAGCCGGCAUAGACAGCAUCCGCAUUGAUUUGGACACUGAGCCGCCCCCUGAAUUUCCACUAGAAGAGGACAAGGACUCCAACUGGAAUUACGGCGACGACAACAGAUCCGAUGUAGAAAUUGUGGAGGAUGGUUCUACCGAUUUAGUUAUCCAGCAAGUAGAUGACAGUGAUGACGAAGCUGAAGAGAAAGAUAUAAAACCAAACAUUAGGUAGUUGCGGAUGGACUGAAUGUUAAUAAACCUCCCGUUUCCGUUGUCAUUCCUUUGUCUUGACCAUUGAUUCCCAACCGGCCUGCAGUUAACAUACCAUCUAUUAUAUAGGCGUUCUAUGACUUGGGCUAAACUUGCAUGCAUUUUAUGGACAUACCAUUGUAUGAAUUUUGAAUUUACUCAAAAGUAUCGAUAUUUUGUUGCAUCCCAUCCUGAGAUGGUACCAUGUACGAACAAUUUGUUUGCUGAACUACGACGGUGAUAACUUUUGAUAAUAUACAACAGAUCUCUUCUCAAUCCUUUUUCCAGUGUUGAGGAGCACUUCGAAAUAAAGUUAACAACUUCAUUUCCUACUAUUUUAACCGUGACGAUG